CUCAGUCAACAACAGUCGCAAUGGCCCCCAAGAAGACCAACCCCGCCGUUAAGGAGAACGUCUCUCUCGGCCCUCUGGCCGGAGAUGGCAAGCUUGUCUUCGGUGUUGCCCGUAUCUUCGCCUCCUUCAACGAUACCUUCGUUCACGUCACCGAUCUGAGUGGUCGCGAAACCAUCUGCCGUGUCACUGGUGGUAUGAAGGUCAAGGCUGACCGUGACGAGUCCUCUCCCUACGCUGCCAUGCUGGCUGCCCAGGACGUUGCUACUCGCUGCAAGGAGCUUGGCAUCAACGCUCUCCACAUCAAGAUCCGUGCCACCGGUGGUAACGGUACCAAGACCCCCGGUCCCGGUGCUCAGUCCGCCCUCCGCGCUCUUGCCCGUUCCGGUAUGAGAAUCGGUCGCAUCGAGGACGUUACCCCUACUCCCUCCGACUCGACCCGUCGCAAGGGUGGUCGCCGUGGUCGUCGUCUGUAGGUAUGUGCGGGCGAUCUUCUUGCCUCGCGUGCUACUUUCAGUCGUCACGGGAGGACAGGAGGUUUCCAGCAAGCGCCUGCGUUUGCGAAUGUGGAUGGAAUAGACGCGAAGAACGGCAUCUCUCGCCUGGUCUUCAUCUUUUUCUCAUACCUGAAAAAAUCAUGUCGGUAUUCUUCUUGGCUGUAGGCACGCCAUGCUGUUCCUAC